AUGAACGACGCUGCAGCCGAGCCCUUGAUCUCCACCGACCGCCGCGUUCCGAACGAUGCACGCGACCGCUACGAUGAAGCCGACGACGCGAGUAUAAGAGAGGAUGAGGUGGACGAGAGUGCCUUGGUAUCCCCAGGCCUGUUUAUUUGGUGUCUGACUAUAUGCGCUGGGGUCUCAGGGUUACUAUUUGGAUAUGACACCGGUGUUAUAUCCUCUACCCUCAUAUCCAUAAACACCGAUCUCUCCUCCCGUCCCCUGACCACCCUCGACAAGAGCUUGAUUACGUCUUGCACUUCGUUCUUCGCACUCCUCGCCUCGCCCCUAACGGGUAUCCUCGCUGAUGCAUACGGUCGCAAAACCGUGAUUCUCGUCGCAGACAUCCUGUUUAUACUCGGUGCGCUGCUGCAGGCAUGGACAAGCAGUGUGGGCGGCAUGAUCGUGGGUCGGUCCAUUGUCGGCGCAGCAGUCGGAAGCGCGUCAUUCGUUGUUCCGCUGUAUAUCUCGGAGCUUAGCCCUAGCCCUUUUCGGGGGCGUCUGGUGGUUGUGAGCAGUUUGUUUAUUACUGGGGGGCAGGUUGUUGCUUAUAUUGUUGGGUGGUUGUUCUCGGAAAGAUUGCAUGGGUGGAGAUGGAUGGUGGGUUUGGGUGCUUUACCCGCUGCCAUACAGUUCGUUAUGCUGUUUUUCCUGCCGGAGACACCGCGAUAUCUUGUAAAGGCUGGAAGAACACAGCAGGCGAGGAAGGUGUUGGGCAGAGUGUAUAAGAGCGAGGAAAGUGGGACGAAGUUGGUGAACGCCGUGCUGAGGCGGGUAGAGAAGGAGAUUGAAGAGGAGGAGGAUGCGGCUGGACUGCGAGGGACUCCCGACAUGGCUAAGAUCGGUUGGAGAGCUAAGAAGGAGAGGGUGCAAGACAGCUUCUCUCAACUUAUCGUCAUUGGAGGGAACCGUCGAGCCUUGAUUAUUGCCUGUAUGCUCCAGGGCUUCCAGCAACUGUGCGGCUUUAACUCACUAAUGUACUUCUCCGCCACAAUAUUCCGCCUCGUCGGUUUCGCCUCCCCAACCCUAACCUCGCUCUCCAUCGCCAUCACAAACUUCCUCUUCACACUCGUAGCCUUCCACUACAUCGACCGCAUCGGACGCCGCCGUAUCCUCCUCUGGUCCGUCCCCAUCAUGAUCAUCGGUCUCGCACUCUGCGCCAUCGCAUUCCUCUUCAUCGACCUCCCCACCGAGGAAGCUUCCGCUAUUACAGCUACUUCCAUUGCCGACGAUAACACCAAUAACAAGAUCUGGCCCCUAGUCAUCCUCUUCUCCAUGAUAACAUACGUCGCUGGUUACGCGAUAGGCAUGGGUAACGUUCCCUGGCAGCAAUCUGAACUCUUCCCCUUGUCUCCCGACGCCGAGUUCCUGUGCAUAAAUGCCAUCACCCUCCCCGACAUCUUUCUUCUUCAAAAUCGUACGCUCCCAUUUAUCCAGACAGCCAUACUAUACCACACCCCCAACUCCACAACAAUGAAGCCUACAUUCUUCCUCCUCACAACCCUCAGCGCUCUGGUAGCCGCUGCCCCAGUCCACGCCUCCAACUCCCCUCCUCCCCUUCCCACAGCCUUCUACCCUGACCCUGUCUCCGGCUCCGGCUCCGGCCAAAUGGUCGACAACAUGCUCCCCGACAACGACCUCCCCGGCGGCGGCAUCGGUUCCACCUCCCCCCAAAUACCCAACCUACCCGCCAAACGCGCCCUUGCCAACGCAGUGCCUGAUAAAUACGACUCGUCUACGUACUACGACGCAGCCGCCGAGAAAGAAGCAGAGGAGCUGGCUCUUGUGCUAGACGCUGCGAGUGAGAAUGCCGCGGAAGAUGAGAGUGCCGACACCCCCGUCAAUGUCGAUGUGAAGAGGGGAAAUGGAAUGCAAAGCAAAAGCGUGGAGGGCUGUAAGAAGAGGGCUGAGCCGGCAGGGUGUGUGAAGUGUCAGAAGGAGUGGGAUAUGUACGUUUGA